AUGCACUGGUCACCAGAGCAUGCCCAGUCCCUGAACCAGUGGCCGGAGCAGCACCUUGACGUCUCCUCCACCACCUCCUCGCCAGCCCACAAGUCCGACCUCUACCCCAGCACCCGCCAGCGCUUCAACUACGCCUGGGCCAACGACGACAUCUCCGCACUCACUGCCUCCAACCUCCUCAAGAGGUACGCCGAGAAGUACUCGGGGGUGCUGGACGCGCCCUACGAGCGCCCGGCGCUGAGCAGCUACGGGGAUGGAGCCUUCGGGCCGGUUAACGGGCAGAAGGGGGACGGGGAGCCCUGGCCGGUGGCGCACGGCUCCGACAGCGCCUACACCCUGACCCCCAUCCAUCAUGCCGGCAAGUAUGGCGGGCAGCCAAUGAAGAGUAUGGUCUCGCCAUCCUACGGCACCGGGGAUGCUCCACUGCGGCCGGCAGAGCCCUUUGAGAAGUUCAGCCCCCCCCUCGCCAACGGGGAGCGGGCAGCCGAGCCGGGACCCCCCUUCCCGCUGCGGCUGCCUCCCAAAGCACCAGUCUGUGGCAGCCCGCCGGUGGAGGAGCAACCCAAGAAUGUUGACCCCCUGGUCUUGGAGCUGGUGAACACCAAGAUCGUGGAGCGGGGGCCGCCCGUGCAGUGGACGGACAUCGCUGGGCAGGUCUCUGUGAAGGCCACCAUCGAGGAGGAGCUGGUGUGGCCCAUCCUGCGUCCCGGUGCCUACACCGGGGUGAGCCGGCCGCCCCGCACCAUCCUGCUGUUCGGUCCCCGUGGCACGGGGAAGACCCUGCUGAGCCGGUGCAUCUCCACCCAGCUGGGCUCCACCUUGCUGAAGCUCAGUGGGACAACCCUGCUCUCCACCUGGAAAGCCGAAGCUGAGAAGAUCCUGCAGACCGUCUUCUUCGUGGCCAGCUGCCGGCAGCCCGCGGUGGUGCUCAUCACCGAGGCCGAGUCCUUGCUGGUGGCCCGGGCUGGCGAGGAUGGCAGCCAGGUGAGCAACCUCAAGUCCCAGCUCCUCUCCUACCUGGACAACGUGGCUACCUCAUCCGAGCAGAACGUGGUCAUCAUCGGGACCACCUCCCGGCCUGGCAGCAUGGACGAAGCUUCCCACCGGCGCUUCGCCAAGCGGUUCUAUAUCUCCCCGCCGGACAGCAUCGCCCGGCGGCAGAUCCUCCAUCACGCCCUGGCUCAGCAGAGCUCCUGCCUGAGCGAGCGGGAGAUGGCCUCCCUGGUGCAGCACACGGAGAGCUUCUCGGGCAGUGAGCUGGUCCAGCUCUGCCAGCACGCCGGGGCCACCACGCUGCACGGUUUGCCGGGCCAGAUCCAGCCCACCUCCUACCAGGACUUUGAGAAGGCGUUCUGCAAGGUCCGCCCCGCCGCCUCCCAGAAGGAGCUGGACUUGUUCCUGGAGUGGGAUAAAAUGUACGGCACCAGGCACUGA